AUGGAUGCUGUCAUCUCUCCCCAGCUUCAAGCUGUGGGAGAGUCCAUCCAAACGAAGGUAAAUGCAUUCACCAUCGAAGAAGGUUUACAUCAAGCAGUCAUCCUCAAGUUCUCGUAUGGAAAACCUAAUCUUCAGGAGUUGCGACAAUUGAUACCCAAACAAUUUGAUGUCAAAAGCUACUGUAAUGUUGGACAAUUAGAAUAUCGACAUGUACUGGUAAGGUUUGAUUUGUUUGAAGAUUUUGUUCAAGUUUUAUCAAGAUCAACAGGUUAUGUUAAAUCGAAGGGCGAUGAGUUUUUCUUUAGAUCGUUCCCAUGGACAAUUGGAUUUAAUCCGCGAGAAGAAACUCCAAAGUCAGUUGUUUGGAUUUCCUUUCCUGAUUUACCUGCAAAUUUCUUUUCCAAGAAGUCUCUAAUGUCCAUAACUUCAGCAGUUGGCAAACCUUUAGUAGUGGACAAAGCGACACAAGAUAGAACUCGACCAGGUACGGCCAGAGUUAAGGUGUUACUUGAUUUACUGGCUAAACAUCCUAAGCGAGUUAGGAUAAAUAUUGUGGAUAAAAAUUCUGGGAAGUUAGUUGAACAUUAUCAAGAGAUUGUGUAUGAUAAUCUCCCAAAAUAUUGCACUUGUUGUAAUAAUCAAGGACAUGACGUAAAAUCGUGUCGUUGGAGGAUGGAGAAAACUAACGAAGAAGUUGCGUCAGUGGUUAAAAUUGAAGGGCUGGGCAGUAUUGAGAAAUUAGAAGGUGAUGCUAAGGAGUUUCUCAAUGCUAAAAGGGCAGAACAAUUGGUCGAUGAAGCAGCAAAGAUGAAAGUAGUCGAGCAGCAGCUGCUGCUAACUGACUUUGAAAACAAGUUGGAUCAAAAGAUGUUAAUGGCCAAGCUAAUGUAA